CGAAUAUAAUAUACAAUGUUGCUGGGUAGCAACAUCUCAGUCCCCCACGUGUGCACGGAGUGUGUCCGCUUCCCACUGCUGACGCUAUAGGUGCAAUCGAUGUUGUCGAAGGUUAAAGCAUUCGCACCACUGGCAGGUGUAUUGCUUGCCACGCUCUCCAGUGCCCAGGUCCUAGUCGAUUUCCAAGUCGCUGAGCCGCCUCCGGUUCCAAACGGUGGGCAAAAAUGCACGACGAUGAUUCUUGAGCGUACAUUUGCUAAUUCAUACGGAGAUCCAGAGAUCGUAGAGUACACUCCACCGACCGAUUGCGGCGCGGUCGGUUCUUGGGCAGCAGUAACGCUCAACUUCACAGUGACAUCAAACGGGACCCAGUUUGACCGCCUUGGAAUCUUCACGUUCCAGAACACGGAAAUCUGGCGCACUUCAACUCCAGAGCCAACCAAAGAUGGUAUCAUUUGGACUUAUACGAAAGAUGUCACUCGCUACAUCCCUUUGUUUGCCAAACCCGGAACUUUCAUUCUCGAACUUGACAACAUUGUGUCAUCCACUUACACUGGGCAGUAUGCGACCAGCCUUUAUGCGACUUUCUAUGCAUCGUCUGGGGAAUACCCUACUGCUGGACAAUCUAAUAUGAUUGUGCCGAUAUCUACGAUGCGAAAUAACACUGGGAACGAGGCUUCUGUCCCGCCAGCAUUUUCUCUCAACGUGACACUCCCGCAAAACACUGUCGAAAUCUAUGCCGAGCUCUUUGCGUCCGGCAAUGGAGACGAGGAAUUCUGGUACUACAACACAGCUGACGAAUAUCUCAGCUAUCUUCCACCUGACACAACAUAUGGUGGAGGCCCAUUCCGUGAGGUCCGUCUCCUCGUGGAUGGUCAAGUUGCUGGUGUAGCCUUUCCAUAUGCUGUCAUCUUCACUGGAGGCAUUAAUCCCUCAGUUUGGAGGCCAAUUACAUCAUAUGGUGCAAUCGACCUUCCUACUUACUUCCUUGAUCUCACACCCUUUGCACCGGUGUUCGCCGACGGCCUCCCUCAUAAUGUGACUUUGGACGUCGCCUCCGCUGAAGCAAACCACACUCUCAAUCAGAACUGGUAUGUUUCUGGACUCUUGCAGGUGGUCACGGAUCCGUCUGGCAAACGGACGACGGGCAGCAUCACAACAUACGAUGUUCAACCCUAUGCAAUAACGGAGACAACAGCGAGCAUCGGCGGCGCAGAUGUCAAUAUCACAGUAAAGGCUCAGCGCUCCCUCAAAAUAGAGUCCACCAUCGUCAGCGGCAGUGGGACGACAAACAAUGUCGUUUUCCAGCAGAGCUUGGACUUUACAAACACACAGUAUUAUCUCAACAACGCCAAUACUCAGAACGUCGCGCAGACAUCAUCCGGCUCAGUCAUCUCAACUCACAACGGAGUCCAGGUUCUUACCGACAACUUUGACUAUCCCCUGUACAUCGACAUGAUAUACCUGGUUAAUAAUGAUACCGAGUUACAAUUUUAUACCACGUUCGACCACUCGUACAACCGUCAGCUUGUCCCUGCGCCUUUCAUCUUGGGAUCUGACAUCAGUGAGCGCCAGCAGACAGCGGGUUAUUUCACCUUGUCAACCACGGGAAACAGUGGGAACGGAACCAGCAACAACACCUUUUCAUACACCGACCUAAAGGGCAACACGUACGCUAGGGAUGUAGACGCUGCAUAUGACGUGAUCACCUAUGACAGGCAGAGCGGCAGCCUUGCAACCACUCCUUUACCCACGUCUCCUUUGGCUUCUAACUCAGAGUCCAUCCCCGGUGCAAGACUCCCAGGUGGACAGGCAUCAAAGGUCGUGGGUAUACCGUAGAUAAGUCGUAGCGAUAACAUCAUGAAUACAUGUGAGCAGCUAUUUAUUCAACGCAUGGUACACGUGCCGCCCGACAAGACCGUCCAAGCAGCCUGAAGAGCAAUAUCCGGGCGUGCCAGCACCCUCCCUCCACCGUCUUAAAUAACCCAAGUCUACAACACCUCAACGGCGACCUAUGCACGUGUUGAACGGCAAACAGCUCCGUGUUGAGACGGGGCUUCCAGCGUGGAAGCUGCGAAAUCUGAUGAAGAUUCAGUAACCGCUAUGUACCUUGUCGCAAUGGUUGAGCGCGCGAGAGCAAAGCCGUCUAGAACAAUCCGACUACACGCCCAGUUUGGGGGUCAAGUCCGACUUCCCAGAAUCCUGCG